UUCAUCAGAAGUAAACGAAACGGAAACAGUAGUAAAACGAAACUCGUCGUGUCAAGAUCCGUCCAUGUUUCCAGACUGGGAUCGACCUUUCACCGACCAAGAAAUUAACGCAAUCGAUGCCGUAUUAAGUUCUGCUUCAUCUUCCUCCUCAGCCUCCGCACCCUCUAAUAACCGCCACGUCGAGGUCCUCGAUGACUGCCGUCCUGUUCUUCGACGCCGUUUACCAGGAUCGAUCGCUGGGUUACAACCAGAUGUCUCAGUUUCCAGAAAAAAAGACGAUGGUAUCUCUGAAAGUAAAAGCAGGCUUGUGGAAACCCCGAAAUCUUCCAAGCUAUUGCCUUGUUCCAAGAAUCGACUCUAUGAUCUCUAUAACCGACCUUGUCAAACUAAGGUAACAAUGAACUAUCCAGACAUUAAUUUCAAAGGACGCAUCAUAUACAGCAAAACAUUUUUUGAGGUAGAGAAAGCUACAUUGGAGCUUUUAGAGAGUUGUGAAACCAAAAAGAAUGAAGCAGGUGUAGUGGUUCUUGGUCUUGACAUUGAAUGGAAACCCACAUUUAAAAAAGGUGUUCCUCCUGGUAAGGCUGCAGUUUUGCAGAUAUGUGCAGACACUAGUUCAUGCCAUGUUAUGCAUAUUAUCCAUUCUGGAAUUCCACAUUGUUUGAAAUCCCUUCUCGAAAACCCUGCAUUCGUUAAGGUUGGAGUUGGUAUUUCCAAUGAUGCUGUUAAACUAUUUUCUGAUCACAAUGCAUCAGUUCAACCUUUGGAAGAUCUGUCUUUUAUAGCCAACCAAAAGCUUGUUGGUGGUAAGACAAAGAAUUGGAGCUUAUCUGCACUAACUGAAAUGCUUAUAUGCAAACGGCUUGCUAAGCCUGGUAAAAUAAGACUUGGUAACUGGGCAGCUAAUAUUUUGUCCAAGAAACAGAUUCAAUAUGCUGCUACAGAUGCAUAUGUCUCUUGGUAUAUAUAUCAGGUGCUUAAGAACCUCCCAGAUCCUGUUGACAGCGAAAAGCAAGAACUCCCAGAUCCUGUUGACAGCACAAAGCAAGAACUCGAUGUAGUUAUAUUGGAGUGAAUUUUUGUUCCCAAUCUUAUCAUACUAUCUUCAUAUCCCAUCAAUACAUUAUUUUUAUUUAUCAAAUCAAUAAAUCUAGCUUCAUGGGUUUUGGUAGA